UGAAAGUUAUUGGUUGCUGUGAAUUUUUUUUUGGUUAAACAUAGAAAGGUAUUGGUUGAUGUGUAUAUUGUUUGCUUAUUGUCGGAUGGGUUGGUUUAAAAUUUUGCAUUCUGCCUUCCCUUUGUUCUGUGGUCCCCCUUGUUGUAAUGCAUGUCACGCAGCCGGUCCCAUCGUCAACGAUGGAGAAGUUUGCUGGCGAAGAUGAUGCGAAUGGCUGUGUACUGUCGGUGGGAAGUUCGCCGGCGAAGUCUACCUCUACGUGUACGAAAUGCCUAUGCGGAAUAGAAUCACCAGUGAUGACUUCUCGCACGCAGAAAAAUCUUGGUAGAAGGUUUAUUGGAUGCGGUAAAUAUAAGAGCGAAAGUGAUCGGGGUUGUGAUUAUUUUAUGUGGGUUGACGAAGAAGCUAUGCUCCCUGUGUCACAGUUUGAUGCCCAAAUAGCUGAUCAGAAGAAAGGUUUUGAAACUGAAGUGGCAAAGUUGACGUUGCAAAUUGCUGCUGAAAAGUACAAAAAUAAUAGCAUUGAAAAAAACUUAAGGAUGUCAUUGGCCACUUGUUUGAUCUUAGCUUUUUUGUUGUUGUCUUGUUUUGUUAAUGAUAGGGAGAAACGUCAUUGCACUGUUAGUAGGGCAAUGUUGCCGUGAGAGGGAGAAACCUAUGUACGUUAAGGACUAUUAUUUAGUAUGUUGUAUUAAAGUGUGAAACCUAU